ACCCUUUUAUCCGAUUUUUUCCUGUCCUGGUUUUUUUAAAACAAAAACACAGACGACAUCGUCCACCACCCUUCCUUGUCCCUCCUCCCGUCCUACCCCACUACUACACCAGCCAUGGACCUCCUCACGGCCUUCAACAAUCGUUCGCUGGAUAGCGAUGCCGAAGUCGCAGCCGCCUUCCCCCUUGGCGCCCACUACAACACUCUCAUGGACUGGCGGGUUCCAGUUUUCACAUCGGCUAUCUAUUUCUUUACUGUAAAAGCACUCAACCCUCGCUCGUCGUCAACGAGUCACAAAUCCGGCGAGCGGUGGACGGAUGCGGGCUGGUUCAAAGCUCUAGUCGUGUUACAUAACGCUGCCCUAUGCAUUUUUUCGGCAGCAACAUUUUUGGGGAUGGCACCGAAGUGGGUAGCGAAUUUGAGGAGUAGAGGGCUCUACGAUGCUUUUUGCGAUCGGAAUGAGGAAGUGUGGAAUGAUUCUCUAUUUUAUUGGUCAUGGUUGUUUUACCUAAGCAAGUAUUACGAGAUUGUAGAUACUGUCAUCAUCCUUUUGAAAGGCCGCCGAACAUCUAUCCUCCAGUCCUACCACCAUGCAGGCGCCAUUAUCUCCAUGUGGCUUUGUGUUCAUUCUCAUGCAACUGCGACCUGGAUUUUCGUCGUAUUCAACUCAUUCAUUCAUACCAUUAUGUACCUCUACUACGCCCUAACGACAGUGGGCCUCAGACCUCCUGGCAAACAAUACCUCACCCGAAUGCAAAUUACCCAAUUCCUCGUCGGUGGUUCAAUCGCUAUAACGUAUCCCGUCAUCCCAGGCUGUCUUAAACAACUUGACCCAACUCAAAGCGCGUCGGAACAGAUUGCCUACGCUGUUGUGACAGCAUAUCUAGUUCCCUUGACACUCCUAUUUGUUGAUUUUGCAAGGCGGACUUAUGGCGGAAGAAGUCAAAAGAGAAUCAAGGUUGCGUAAUGUUGCAGACUAGUUUGAAUAGGAGGAGAGCAUUGUUGGGAUUCACUGUAGUCUCUAGUUUGACAUAUUAGCACUUUUUUUACCAUUACCUACGUACGAUUUAUGCCAUUAAACAUUGAAAAAAAAUAAAGAAUUCAUGACAGCGAUGGUUUUGAACGCACAAUA